AUAUACUGUGGAACGACAUCAUGAAAAGUGUUUCCGAUUCGUGUGAACCCGAGUGGAUGGAGGCCGAGGAUCCACUUUUCAUACUAUACACGAGUGGAAGUACAGGAAAGCCUAAAGGGAUUGUUCACACGAUCGGCGGUUAUUUACUGUACUCUUACAUAACAUUCAAAUACGUAUUCAAUUACACGGACGGAGACGUGUUUUUCUCGACGGCCGACUUGGGAUGGAUGGCGGCCCACACUUUCAACGUUUACGGCGCGCUCGCCAACGCCUGCUCUAUAGUGCUCUUUGAAGGCACCCCUGUCUACCCAAACCCCGGACGCCUCUGGAAUAUAAUCGACAGAUUAGGCGUUAAUAUCUUCUAUACGGCGCCGACUACUAUCCGAUCGCUCAUGAAGUUUGGCGACCAUUACGUCCGGCAAUACAAACGCGAUUCACUCAAAGUGUUGGGCACUGCGGGCGAACCCAUUAACCCCGAGGCCUGGUAUUGGUUCUGGGAUGUGGUCGGCAACCAAAAGUGUCCCGUUGUUGACAACUACUGGCAAACGGAAACGGGCGGACCUAUGAUAACAUGCCUGCCGGGAGCGACACCUAUGAAACCGGGUUCGGCUACCCUUCCGUUCUUUGGUGUGAUUCCGGCGAUACUGGACUCGGAGGGCAAAGAGCUGAAGGGCGCGGCUACGGGACAGUUGGUGUUCAAGAAGCCGUGGCCCGGCAUCGCCCGCACCAUAGAUGGCAAACACGAAUGGUAUCAAAUGACUUACUUUCAUAAGUUUAAGGGCUAUUAUUGGACGGGCGAUGGCGUCCAGAGGGACUCCGAUGGCUACUAUUGGAUGACCGGCCGGAACGACGAUACGCUCAACGUUUCCGGUCAUCUCUUAUCGACCGUAGAGGUGGAGACGGCUAUCGUAGAGCACCGGGCGGUGGCCGAAGCGGCCGCUGUGUCGGCCCCGCACGCCAUCAAAGGGGAAAGCAUUCAUGUGUUUGUCGUUUUGAAUAAUGGCUACGAAUUGACCGCAGAGUUGGAGAUGGAUAUCAAACGCAGAGCGAGGGAUAAGAUCGGAGCGCUGGCCGAACCCGAUGUGAUCCUCGCCGUCAGUGGACUCCCGAAGACUAAGUCGGGGAAAGUUAUGCGAAGAAUACUCAAUAAGAUUACGAGACAUGACUGCGAAUUGGGCGACACCUCCACUAUGGCUGACGACACCAUUCUCGACGAACUCUUCACUAUCUCUGGCAUUAAAUGUUGAAAAUAGCAACACAUUUAUGCAUUCAUUUACUGUAUAUGAUCGAGA